AUGUCCGACGCCGGCCUCUCCGAGACGCAGCGCGACGUGCGCCACGCCGUCGGCGCCGUCUGCAGCGCGUUUGGCGACGACUACUGGCUGGCGCGCGAGCGCGAGCACAGCUAUCCGCACGAGCUGUAUGCGGCGCUGCAGUCCGGCGGCUGGCUCGGCGUGGCGCUGCCCGCGCAGCACGGCGGCGCCGGGCUGGGCAUUGGCGAGGCGAUGAUCAUGCUCGAGACGAUCGCCGAGAGUGGCGCCGGCUUUGCGGGCGCACAGAGUAUACACGCAAACAUCUAUCCGAACACCAUCGCCGCAGAGUUUGGCACGUCGAAACAGCAGGCUGCCUGGCUGCCGGGACUGAUUGACGGGCGCAUCCGCUCCGGCUUCGCCGUGACGGAGCCGACGACGGGGCUGGAGACGCUCAAGCUGCGCACGCGAGCCGAGCGCAGAGAGGGCGGCUGGCUCAUCAAUGGGCAGAAGAUCUGGACCUCCUCGGCGCAAGUAGCUUCGCACCUCGUCAUUCUGGCACGCACGGCUCCUCCAAGCGACCACAGUCGUUCCUCGGGUCUCUCCCUCUUCUUUGCGCCCAUCCGCGACGCGCCCCAUGCGCCGGGCGUCUCGGCGCAGCAGAGUGCCCUGCGCAAGGGCGUCGAGAUGCGCCGCAUCGAAAAGAUGGGCGGCAAUUGCGUGGAUGCCAAUGAGAUCUGGUUCGACGACUUCGAGGUGGAAGAGAGCUGUCUGAUUGGGCCUGCGGAGAAUGAGGGCAAGGGCUUCAAGAUGGUGCUGCACGGCAUGAAUGCCGAGCGCUGUCUCAUCGCCGGCGAGGCGUUGGGCCUGGGCUAUGCGGCGCUCAUCAAGGCGGUCAAGUAUGCUCAGGAGCGCGUCGUGUUCGGCAAGGCCAUUGGCGGGCAUCAAGCAAUCCAGCACCAGCUCUCGCGCGCCUUCAUCGAGCUGGAAGCUGCCAAGCAUCUCGUGCUCGCCGCGGCACGCUCCUACGAUGCGCGCGAGGCCGCCGUGGGCGCGCAGGCCAAUGCGGCAAAGUACUUUGCGGCCGAGGCGGCGUGGAAGGCGUGCGAGACGGCCGUGCUGGUGCAUGGCGGCAUGGGGUACGCAAAGGAAUACCACGUCGAACGCUACCUGCGCGAAGCAAUGGCGAUGCGUCUGGCGCCCAUCUCAAAGGAGAUGCUGCUCAACUACGUCGGACAGUCGGUGUUGGGCUUGCCCAAGUCCUACUAAGUUGCCCCCCCUUGCUUGCUUCUGCAGCACAAUGCAUGUGCUUUCAUUUUCACACAUCUGCUCCGCCAUCCGGAAACAGCCAGUG